AACGUAAAAAUGUCAGGUUUGUGAAAGUAGUACAGUCAUGUAAUACCAUCUUUUCACCAAUUCAUUCCAACAACUGUAUGUGAUCAUUAGCGUGAGCAACCCUGCAGGCCUGCCUGCCUCUGGUGUGGAGGGUAUCGCAACGAUCAUCCACCAUGACUUCCCGUGCAGCCCAGGGCGGUAUGCUCCUAGAUGCGGUGAUCGAGAGUUUGUCUUAUGAAGACAAUCCUCGCCGGCGGGAAGUGGAGAAGAAAAGAAUCGAACGCGACUUUGCCGAGUGUGAUGAGCGUUUGGACAACAUUGUCGACGAGAACCAUGAUCGCCUCAAGGAAUCUGUGCAUACGUUCACCAAGAUUGAUGCCCAAGUAACAGCAUCCAUGAAGCGAAUUCACCUGCUGAAGGACAGUCUGAAGGAGUGCAAGGAGUUGCUACACUGCAAGCGGGACAGCCUGCGCAAGCUGUGGAUCGAGAGCUUGGAGAACAAGCAGAUCCUGAAGAUGCUCGACCGCAUUGAAGAAGCCAAGAGCGUACCGGAACAGCUCAACCGCUUCAUCGCCAACAAGCACUAUCUCCACGCCACAGAGCUUGUGGUGAAUAAAGUGGCAGUGCUAAGCGGUGAGCUGUCUGGAGUGGAAGCUCUUCAAGAGGUCCGCAGAGAGCUACAUUCUAAGGAGAAGGCAUUGACUGGAAUUCUAACUGAUGAGCUGCACAGACACCUUUACACCAAGGCAUCGCUGCCAAAGCGAAAACCUGGUCGCAGCCAAGCUGCUGUGGCGGCUGCACUCACAAACAAGUCGGCAGCUCAACCUGCUCCUCCACCAACAACAGCGCAGUCGCAUGUCCUUGCACUACAUCAGAGUGCGAAGAAGACCCAUUCCAGAUCAGCUUCUCGCUCCCUGACCAUGAACACAGGCACAGAAGCAUCCGCCUCUCCUACUCCCACGCAGAUCACUGACACACUGGAGGAAGAGAUUGUGGAGGAUGUCAUGUGCCGUGACCCUGAGGAGAAUUCGUCUCACUUCAUGGCAAUCCUGGUUGAGUCGCUGUCGAAACUUGGAACUGUUACGGAGUGUAUCGAGGCUAUCAAGACCAGAAUGAAUGGCGAGAUGAGAGCUAUCGUUGAGCUGCUCUCUGAACAGGUUGGAAAGAGUGCUGAAAGGCGUGGUGAAAGCCUGUUUCCACAGUCGUCAACACCUGGCCAAUCCAAACUCCUGCUUGAGCUCCUGCAACUGUGCUUUGAGAAGUUCCGUGCUGUGGGACAGGCGCACAAGACCUUGCUGUGCCAUUUCAAACGUGCCAAUCAGGCAUACAACACUGUCACAACUGUGAAGCUUUACCCUGAGGCGCAGGUUUGGUCUGCCAUUCAGUAUGCGCUUCAGUUGUUGCUUGCAGAGUACUUUGAUCUGCACAAUGUCCCGCGGGGUCAAAAGAAAGCAACGACUUUCAAUGACCAUAGCGGAGUGUCGGCAUACUAUGAUGUAUCUGGCGGACGUAGGAGACACGGACAAGGCACUAGUGAUCGGAAAACUCUGUUCACGUUUGAACGCUCGUCGGUGGCAAUGAACGUCAGUACAUACAUGCGAGAGAAACAACAGGUUGACGAAGUGGUACCCACACUGGCCAUGCAGCAUUCCCAUGCUCUGCAGGCGCAUCUCUGCAAGCCACAGUCUGGCAAUGUCACAGUUGUCUUCAACGCAGUGCUAUCAUACGUCAACGAAAUAGAAUUAUGCCUCAAUUUGAAGGAUGGAAAACGAUGUUCACUGUAUGAGUUCAUUGAGGAAUUUGUACGCAUUCACUACGUGGACGAAGUCCAGUUGCAACUCUCUGAGAAAUUGGAGUCGGCUACUAAAGGCAACGAGUCGCAUAAGCACAUCACUGAUGAGGUUGUGUUGAAGAAGGCUGGUUCGUUGCGCCCACUAAUGCAUGGUGCGUUGACAAUCUGGGACUGCGUGACCCGCCUACGUCAGCUGCGCGAUCAGCUCCCGCCGUACGCUGCGGUGUUCCGUCGCAUGAUGUGCUCCAUCCUGAGCACGUACUAUGAUCACUGUCAGGUCAUGUAUCGAAGGUGUGUGCGGCUGGGUGAUGACAGCAGCGAGACAUUGCUGAGUGCAUACUGGUUACUGGACAACAGCAUAGCCGAGGAAUUCAGGGCACAGCCAAGCUGGAAACUCUUCGAGGCCUUGCAGGAACCCUAUCGUCGUAGUACUAUUACUGACGGUUCUGACAUGCAUUCGUCCAAGUUUGAUGAGGAGAGUCAACUGGUUCUGAACACGGCAGCGCGGGAGGCGGAUGACGACACAGGGGCUAUGCCAGUGUUAUCUGACUCCUGUAUCCUGGGUGACCGCGAUGACUUGAAGCUACUCGCUGGACUGCAGGAAAGCUUGGAGUGGCUGUCAGUGCGGAUCCGAAAAGACCUAUUGCCAGGCUUGGGCGGUGAAGAGGAUGCAACAGAUGGAGAGACUCAGCCCCGUUCUAUACCGGAACUCUAUGACAGUUUCUCUGAGCUGGCGUCCAACAUCACUCUUCUCUUGCACCUUGAGCUCCGUAUCCAGUGUGUGCACUGCUUACUGCCUGUUGCCAGACGGACGAACUAUGUCUGUGAGGAGGAGCGCAUGGAGGUAGAGCCAGCUGUUGUGCAGUUCAAUCGGAAGCUCAGCGAAAUGGAAGAGACUCUUUCAGCGGCGCUGGAUGUGCCAAAGAUCAAGUACAUGUUUGAUGGCCUAGGGCACUUGAUUGGUAUCCUGAUGCGCAGUGCCACAAUCUUCAUCCAAGAGAUCAACGCCAAUGGAAUCAAGAAAUUGUGUCGCACAAUCUUCUCACUUCAACAGAACUUGACCAACUUGACCAUGGCCCGGGAAGUUGACUUGGAUCGAUCUCGUCAGUACUUUGAACUUCUCCAUCUGAACGGCGAUGAACUGCUCAAGAUCAUUGCCGAACAGGGACCAAUUUUCUCUGAAUCGGAGUACGAGUGUGCCCUUCGUCUGAUGAGCAGGUCCCAUACACACUUCAACGAGAAAGCACUGGCUCUGUGCCUGGAGAAACUGAAGGAAAUCCUUACUGAGGCCUGUUGAGGAGCAGCAGUAGCAACCCUGUAUGGAGCAACUGGAAAACUUACCUGAAGUGUUGUUGUGAAGUGUGGUGUUUCAGUUGCAUGAUUUCAACUAUACCAGCAGAGUGAAGAUGAAGAACUUAUACUUUCCAGAAAAGUCAGUGGGCGCUGCUAUUAUCCUCAUGCACUGUGCUGUAAAUAUGAAAGCUGACCAUGCUCAGUUUGUAGACCAACUGCCAUUUAAAAUCCUAUCUCUUUACAGUUUUCUGUACAUAAACUGCAGCGCUUUAGCAUAUUUUCAUUAUUGGGCCUGAAAUGCCAACAAGAUUUACUCCUGCGUGUUCUUCUGCCUCUUAUUGUACAUUACUGACCAUAUGACGAUCAUGAUUAUUAUAGACACCUUUUUGGAAAGAUGAUAGUUGCAUAUGAAAACAAUGUACAUGUACCAGUAGUAGUAUAACUUUCGAGUUUUGCAGACCAGUA